AUGGCCAAGAGAAGAAAGAACAGAACUCACCUGAAAGGAGCAGCUAAGGGUGAAGAAGAGGAGAAUGUACCGAAAUCUUUCGUGAUCAAGUCUGGCGUCGUCACAAAAAGUAUAUCAGCCCUCGUGAGGGAUGUGAGGAAACUCAUGGAGCCCAAUACUGCUUCCCGACUACGUGAACGACCCAGUGCACGUCUACGAGAUUAUCUUACCAUUGGUCCGACGCUCAAAGUGACUCAUCUGCUGGCUUUCACGUUGACAGAUGCGGCAAAUGUCCACUUGCGAAUGGCCAGACUGCCUCAAGGGCCAACAUUGACUUUCCGAGUCCAGCGUUACAGCUUGAUGCGUGACCUUGUUCAUUCAUCUCUACGGAACAUUGGCAAAGCUCCAGGAGGAGAGUAUAGGCAUCCGCCUUUGCUCGUUUUGAACGGAUUUCAGCAACCGGCAGAUGGUCCUGCCAUGCCUCAGUUACGACUCAUGAGCACCAUGUUCCAGGGUCUGUUCCCCGCCAUUCAGGUUGAAAAGUCUGCACUACCGAAUUUCCGUCGAGUCCUCCUCUUGUCAUAUCAUCAUACCACCCAUUUGAUCUCCCUCCGCCAUUUCACGAUCAUCGUUAGACCACACGGUGUCUCUAGACGUGUCAGGAAAUUAGUCAACGGAAACGCUGCUGCGACAUCACGACGACCCGACCUUUCCGCUGCUGACGAUAUCGCCGACUACUUGUUGAAACGAAUCACAAGUUCUGCCUCGGACGGAAUGUCAGUAGGGACGGGGGGCUACGAUUCAAUGAGUGAGACAGAGGCCAGUGAAGGAGAGAGCGAUACAAAUGCCGUCGAGCUGCCGGAAGACUAUGUCGGAAGAGGGAAUCGCAAAGGAGAGCGAAAGGCCGUUCGAUUGGUCGAGACAGGACCGAGGAUGGAGCUGAGGUUGAUCAAGGUCGUAGAAGGAUUAGUCGGCAGCAAGAGAGGGGAGGGAGAGACUGUCUUCCAUGAGUUUGAGCACAAGACCAAAGCAGAAGCCAGCCAUCUGGCAAAGGUUCACGCAGAGCAGAGAAAGAUCCGUGAAGCCAGACGCGCAGAACAAGCUGCAAACGUAGCGAGGAAAAAGGCCGAGAAGGCCAAAACAAAGGGCAAGGGCGAACCCGUCAGCGAAGAAGAAGAAGAAGAGAUGGACGGACAUGAACUCGAUGUGGAGGGUCUGUCGGGCGAUGAAGAUCCGGAGGAGGCUUUGCAGAGGCUGCAGAGGCGGUCUAGAGCUGCAGAAGAGGAUGAUGAUGAGUUUGAGUAUGAGGAUCGGAUAGCCGGGGAUCGCCAGGACGAAGGAGAAGAUGACGACGAUGAGGAAUGGGAUGAGGAUGUUGGGGCUGAUGAUGUCAGUUCAGAAGGGGAGGAUCUAGGUGAUGAAAGCAGUGAGGAGGAAGAUGAUGUACCGCAUUUGCCGGCCAAGAAGUCAGUGAGACUACGGUGA